AACAGUUAUUUUUUCACUACAAAAUGUUAGGAUUUACAUAUUUCCUUGUAUGCUACACACUUCUAAUCCACAAUAGCUGUUACGGAGGUCCGUUUUAUAAUAAUGAUUACUAUUCAGGUCCUGGUUACGGUCCCGGUUAUGGUCCUGGCUACGGUCCUGAAUACGGUCCAGGUUCAGGAGGCAAAUCAAAAUAUCGAUUUGACAGGGCUAUCGCCAGUUUUGUGAAAGAACCAACUGUUGGCUCAGUGUGGUUUACACCACGCGGACCUAACAUGUACCUUAAUGGAAGUGUUGCUGGACUGCCUCCUAGAAAAGUAUUAGGUGUACAUAUACACCAGUAUGGAGGUCUUGGAAAUAAUUGUAAUGAUGCUGGUCCACAUUUCAAUCCAUUCCGACAGCGUCAUGGUGGACGAACAGGUCAUCCAAGACAUGCUGGUGAUUUAGGAAAUAUUCCAGUGGAUGAAUUUGGAGUCAUGUAUUUCAGCCUUUAUGUUACUUUAAAAGGAUUAGGACCAUUUAAUGGAUUUAUUGGACGAGCUCUUGUUAUACACGAAAAUACUGAUGAUCUUGGUAUAUUUCCAGAUGAAGGAAGUAGGACAACAGGAAAUUCAGGCGGUAGAUUAGCAUGUGCUACAAUUGGAUAUCGUGCUCCAUAA